UAACUUGUUGAUCAUUUAGGCAUUCGGAGCCUUAUGGUACUUUUUUGCCAUUCAACGAAUGAUGGAUUGCUGGCGUUUUGCAUGUCGAAAAGAAGAUGGAUGUGACAGGAGUAGUUUUGGUUGUCAUGACAAUCACACAUUUAGAAACAUCACAAAUCUAAAUGAUUUAUGCCCUAUAAAUCCGUCAGACCCAAAGAUGUUCGAUCUUGGCAUUUUUACUAGUGUCCUUGAAUCCGGCAUAACAGGAUCAACCAAUUAUUUUCAAAAGUUCUCAAACUGUUUUUGGUGGGGCUUACGAAAUUUGAGUUCCCUCGGUUCAAACCUUGAGCCCAGUAUAGAUGAAUGGGAAAACUUCUUUGCGGCUUCUAUUUCUAUUAUUGGUUUGCUCCUGUUCAUAUAUCUCAUUGGAAAUAUCCAGAUGUAUUUGCAAUUUGAAGCUGAAAAAACGAAUGCAAGAGUAGAGAAGAGGUUGCUAGCGAAACGAAAGAUGGAACAGCUUUGUCCAGAAAUAGUGUCGUGGUUAUCUAAAAAUUGCAUUCAGUCAUCGUUUCAUUGGCACUGGAGGAUGCAAAUGCAUGUCAUGAAAAAGGUACUGGAAGCAUGUGAAGAGAAUGUGCCUGUUAAUUUGGAGUACAUUAUCCAGAGUCUUCCCCCUGAGUUUCAAAGACGUAUAAAAAAUUGUGCGCCUUUGACCAAGCUCAGGCAAGUAAGUUCCUCGAUCAAAGCCUUCGACUUUAAUUUAAACAGUAGCUUUGCCAUAUAUGACAAGACUUAGUUUAAUGGGAGAUGC